UGUGCAAAGUCCCUGAGCCCCCACACCAGCCAGACGCCGACAGCCAUGGCCUCCAGUUCCUGCCCGCCGUCCCCGCUCCUCGUGCGGCUGCCGGAGGCCAUCCCCUGGGCGCACAGGAAGCUGGAGAAAUACUUCCAGAGCCGGGCCUCCGGAGGCGGGGAGUGCUCUGUCCAGCCCGUGGGUCCCAGCGCCCCCGACACCUUCGAGGUGAAGUUCCUACAAAGGGCAGCUAAGGAGAGAGUACUGGAACAGGAAGAGCACCAGAUGUCAAUUGAUGGCAAACCCGUGCCCAUUUUCCUGGAGACCAUUAAAAAGCCAGUAGAUGACCCAAGCUCCAGACCUCCAUCUUUGACACAGUCGUCAGCUGAGACAGAAAGUUCCAGACCUCCAUCCUUGACACAGUCGUCAUCUCUGGUUGAAGCCCUGUCUGAUGAAGAGCCUGUUUCUAACUCUGUUGACACUAUUGUCCAAAAGAUCUUUCUUGCUGUGACCGCUGAGCUGAACUGUGAACUGCUCUCCAAAGAGCAGAGAGCACGCAUAGCCGCUGUGCUGCCCUGCGUCAAAAGCGUGGAGGGUGAGGAUGGAAUUGCAAAGGUGUGUGGCAGCUUCAGAGAUAUUGAGACGAUACAUCACUUUUUGAGCAUGCAGCUUUUGGAAAGUGAGCAGAAACAGAAGUACCCCCCACAAAAAUACCCCCCUUCUGAUGUGGACAGAGAGCCACCCAACCAGCAAGACCGGGUCCGAGGCUUUUCCUCUUUGGAACCAAAAGCCAAGUUAGAAGUUUUUGAGAACUGUUUUGAAGUUUCUGUGCUUCUCCUUGAAUAUUUCAGACAUGCCUGUCCUGGUAGAAUACAGUCCAUAGAGAAAAAAUUUGGUGUGAACAUUGAAAUCCAAGAUAGUGCUCCCGACAUGGUCUCUGUACGAUUCACACCCAGGCAGUCAGACAACGUAAACUUAGAAGCAGCUUGUGAUUCUUUUGUGAAAGACUUUCAGAAGUGCACCCAAGCUCUGAAGCAAGAUUGUGUCUCUUUAGAGGACCCUCAGAAAGCAAAGGAACUCAGACAGGAGUUGAAUCGCUGCUUUCCAAAGCUCCUGAUAAAGGGGCAGGGGGAAAUGCUAACUCUCCUCGGCUCUCAAGCUGACAUUUCAGCUGCCACAGAAAAAGUCUCCCAAACUUCCCUCAAGACACCUGUGAAAAUAAUGGCGUCUGGUUACAGGAUGGGGAUUGAAGUUGAUUCGACUCACUUUAAGCUUCUAAAACCGGAAUUGCUCCAGGAAAUCUCAGAGAUAGAGCAGAAGUAUAACACCUGCAGCAAAAUCCAGGAGAAAGGCCAGAAAACCUGCAUCCUAUUUGACACCAAGGAUAAGGAGGUUGACCUGUCUGUGCACUCUUAUGCAAGUUUCACUGACGCCUUCCAACAUGCCACGUGCCAGCUAAGGACAGAAGUCCUGCCGCUGAAACACUUGGGCAAGGGGAAAGCUCACUUACAUAAGACCAAGUUUGUGGACGACUUAAAAAAAAAGCACCCCAGUGUACACUUCGAGAUAUCUCAAGAGUCAAUGACUUUCAUUGGUUUGCCGAAUCAGCUUGCGCAGGCGAAGCAGUAUGUCUUCAAAAGAGUGGGACUGCCCCCAUCGUCUGGAGAGAAAAUAAAUGGGGAUCAUGAAACACCCAUGGAUAUCGACAGGGAUGACUCACAUUCGGCUUUACCUCCUCCCAGAGGCUCGGCCGAUAGCUCUGGGGCCUUGAAGGAGAAGAGCGUGGAAGACAUCUGUGCCAUCUGCAUGGAUACCAUUAGCAACAAGCGUGUGCUCCCUAAGUGCAAGCAUGAGUUCUGCACCCCCUGUAUCGCCAGAGCCUUGUCAAUCAAGCCUGUCUGUCCUGUGUGUCAGACUUCCUACGGUAUCCAGAAAGGGAACCAGCCAGACGGAGGAACCAUGACUUGCAGCACGUUAAGACAGUCCCUUCCAGGUUAUGAGGACUGUGGCACAAUUGUGAUUCAGUAUGCCAUGAAAGAUGGCAUCCAAACAAAGGAGCACCCAAACCCAGGAAAGCCCUAUCCUGGAACACAUCGAACAGCAUACUUGCCUGAUAAUGAAGAGGGAAGAAAGGUCUUGGAUCUGCUCCGAGAAGCCUUUCAAAAAAGGCUGAUUUUCACAAUAGGGUACUCUCGAGCAACAGGAGCCUCAGAUGUCAUUACAUGGAAUGACAUCCAUCACAAAACAUCCACAUUUGGAGGGCCAGAAAAUUUUGGCUACCCUGAUCCUAAUUACCUGAAACGUGUCAAGGAGGAGCUGAAAGCGAAAGGAAUUGAGUAAGGAAAGCGCUGAGAAGAUGUCUGUCCACUUUCCAAAGAAGUGUGUCAGGAGAUCGUAUUUGUACAGGCCUAAAUCUUUUUAGAAAACUAUAGCUUUUUUUGUGUUAAGUAGAUGUAGUUUCUAUAAAAGCAGAAAUCUGCUUGCCAGUCAUUUCUAGAGUGUUACUGUUUCACGGAAGGCAAAAUAUAAAGGGCAUGGGCUGGGGAGGUCAUCCAUAAGUUGUGAAGACAUGAGCUCAGAUCAGCAGCAGCCACGCAAAGGCUGGUAUGAUGGCAUACGCUUAUAAUCUUAGCACUGGUGAGUGGAGAUGGGAGGAUUCCUGGAGCGUACUGGCCAGCUAGUCUAGCCCAAACCAUG